ACGAGCCGAGGCUCGGCUUGGCUUAAUUCGGCUCGGCUUCGCUGGCUCGCCCGGAGCCGCCACGGCGCCGAACGGGGACGAUGCCCGCCGGGCGGUGGCGGAGACCCCGGCGGAGAAGAGGUUCUGAGAACAUCUGUUGUUUGUUAGCAAUUUGUCUCUUUUUUGACCUUCUGACAACCCUGCACAGUUCUGCUUUCUUUCUGUCCAGCCACAGCCCAUGACGCCCUCCUGCGCGAUGUUCUACAGGUCACCCUCAGCCAUGUCGCCACCGUCCAAAAACAAAUUCAAGCGACAAAGUCGGAUAUUCUCCCAGGUCUUGUACCGGACGCUGAGCUAUAAGGACCGCAGCUCGGUGGCCACUUAUUCAGGGGCCAGCAAGGAGGACCCAUCGGAGCUGUCCACCCAGGUCUCAGCCCCUGGGGUUCUCAAGAUCUUUGGAUGCCACAUCUGCGUGGGCACUCACUACAAGAGUGUCUUGGCAACAGCCAGCUCAAGUGCCCAAGAGCUGUUGAAAGAAGCCCUUGAGCGGUAUGGACUCAGCAGGGUAGACGUGGGCCAUUAUGUUCUCUGCGAUGUUGUUGGGAAGUUUGCUGGCUUGGAAAAGCAGUGGAAGAUGGAAGGCUUGAGAAUCCUUCGGGACAACGAGAAACCUCUUUUGAUCCAGGGCCUUUGGAAGCCCCGGGAAGGGUUCUCUCGGAGGUUUGAGCUUCGGAAGAGAUCUGAAGUGGAGGAGCUGACAGCCAGGGACAAAGACACCACCACAGCAGGAAUUAAUGCCCAGGCCCGGAAGCUCCAGCGCAACCGGACCAAAGGCACGAUGACCCUCUUGACGGCUUGCCACACUUCACCCCCCAGUCUUAGGCGCACCGUCAGCGAGACCAGCCUCAGCCAGGCAGGCCCCCCGGAGGACCAGAAAGAGGAGGGGCCCCUUCGGUGGCACUACUCCACGCUGCCAGAGACUCUCCGGUGCCUGGAGGGGGUGCCAGAUGGGCGGGCAGCUCCUGCUGAGGAGCCAAACGGAGUCAACAGCCUGAGGGUCUCGCUCUACCAGUCCCCACAUCUUCUGCUCCUGCAGGGGUACAGCCAGCAGCAUGACAGUCUGGUGUACCUGCUGAACCGCGAACAGCACACGGUUGGCCAAAGGACUCAAGCCAGCAAGCCGAGCAUUAGCCUUUCGGCUCCAGACAUCCUUCCUCUCCACUGCACCAUCCGGCGGGCGAAGCUGCCCAGCCGUUCUCGCCACCGCUGUGAAGAGAAGCUCAUCCUGGGACCUGUCCCAGGUGCCAGCGUCUCCGUCAACUUCUCCGAGGUGGGAAGAACGGUUGUGCUCCAUCACGGCGAUCUCAUCUCCCUCGGCCUCUCCUACCUGUUCCUCUACAAGGACCCUCUCAAGACUCAGCUGUUGCCCACUCAGACCCUGGUGAGGCUGAAAGCCAUGCGCCGGGCUUCUGAACUGGAGCUGUCGUCAACCUGCAAGAUAUGCGGCAGCCAUUUCAGAGACAGGGCCUCCUCUUCCAAGAAGCAGGAGGGCCAGCCCCCCUCUGGCCGGAAGGGGGGCCGGAGGAAGCUGCACCUGGAAUUUGACAAGGCCAAUGAAGAUCUCUUGCUGAGAAGAAUCCUCACCCUCAUUGAACCCACAGGAGAUGACCACAAAUUGGCACCGGCCUUUUUAUUGUGUCUCUGCAUCCAGCACUCUGCCACCCACUUUGGGCUGGGAGAGUUUGGGCAACUGCUCCUCAAGUCAACCAAGAUGAUCCAGAAGAGCGUGUGGGAGAAAACAAACAAGCUGGCAGAAAAGCAGUCAUUACACCAGGAUCCAGCGUCGCUUUCCCGCUUUACCAUCACAGACCUUCUGCCCGAUCUUCAGCACGUGCUUUUCUGGAUGUCCAACUCCAUCGAAAUCCUGUAUUUCAUUCAGCAGAAAUCCCCCGUUUACAUCCAGAACAUGGAAGAGGAGCUGGACAUCAAAGGGUCCAAGGAAUCUCUCUUUUCCUUGACCAUCACAGCCAGCGAGGAAGCCAUGACCGUUCUCGAGGAAGUUAUCAUGUAUACUUUUCAGCAGUGUGUUUACUACAUCUCCAAGUCUCUGUAUGUGGCUUUGCCCCCCUUGAUGGAAUGCAACCCCUUCCAAAGUGAAGGCCGGGAAGGUUGGCUCUCCUCACCCCUGGUGCCCAAGGAAAUCCACAAAGUGGUGCUGAUUUACCAAGCUGCCCUUGACCUCCUUCAUCAGUAUGAUGUCCACCCUGAAGUCACCUCCCAGAUGUUUGCCUACCUCUUCUUCUUCUCCAACACCCUCCUCUUCAACCAACUCAUGGAAAAAGGUCCUUCUCUGGGCUGUUUCCACUGGUCAAAAGGGGUCAGGAUCCAGGCCACCCUGCGUCUCCUCCUAGAAUGGGCCCAGAGUGUAGGCUUUGGGCCACUGGCAGACCAGUUCUUCAGCAAGCUGUCCAGCAUCGCAAGCUUGUUAGCCACGCCAAGUUCUCAGCUGCUGCAAAUGACCUGGCCAGUCUUGAGGAGCGAGUUUCCUGCCUUGAAUGCAGCGCAGCUCAAUCACAUCCUGACCCAGUACCAGGCUUCAUCUGCCAUGGGGUGCAUACCUGCUUGGCAACCCAGCAACAAUGAUGCUCUUGCAGCUGUGAGGACAGAUGACAUCCCGGAGUCUUUUGAUAACCAUCCCCCCAUCAUGCUGCCCACCGGAGGGUUCAAGGUGGACCUGGAGACCGAUCAUCUUGAUGACAACAUCUACCGGCACCUCCUCUACAUCCGUCAUUUCCUGUGGAGUCUACGCAGCAAAAGCCCCCACUCGAGUGACUCUCCGGAAGGAGAACCCCCAAAGACUGAAACCAUCAGCUGCCAAAUGGCACCCACAGGGGAGCCUGAGACCAUUGUGGGGUCAGCCGGGAGCGCCUUUGACUGGACGGAUGGCAGGCGGACGAUGAGCUGCGAGAAGCCGAAGGUGGAAGGGAACAUCUCCCUGGUCACCAGUACCAACGGAGCCAUCCCAGACUGUGGGACUUGUGAAGCGCAGCUACCGAAGGCUUUCCAGCAGCAACAUCUUGAGGGCAUGAAGGGAAAGAACGGGACCAAGGCUGUGUCCAUUGAUUCCUCUUGCUUGCUGACCCCACCCAACACGCCCCUGAUCUUUGACCCCAUCGGUCUUGAAUUGCCCCCAGAAACUACUCCUGGGAAGGACACCCCAGACUCUCGGAGAAAUGGACUCAACGGCACCAAAACCAUGACUCAGGAAGGAUCUUCUCCCACCCCCUAUGACUUUCCAACUCCUGCUUCUUCAAGUCGCAGCUCAGCCACCGAUGAUUUCUGCUACGUCUUUGUGGUGGAGCUGGAAAAGGGACCCAUCGGCUUGGGGAUGGGAUUGAUCGAUGGCUUGCAUACCCCUUUAAGUUCUCCUGGGAUCUACAUUCGGACUUUGAUCCAAGACAGCCCAGCAGCAGCAGAUGGCAGACUCUCCAUUGGGGACCGCAUCCUUGCUGUCAAUGGAACGAGCCUCAUCGGCUCCGAUUACCAGAGCGCUGUAGACCUCAUCCGAUCUGGGGGAAAGAAACUGCGCUUCCUGGUGGCCAAGUCUGAUCUGGAGGUGGCCAAGAAGAUCAGCUACAGUUCUUCUCCUUCUCCAUAAAAACUGGUCAAAAGCGCCCUUUUGUAUUCAUCUACCGUUGAAGGUGCUCCAAGGGUAACAGAGCAAGCUGGUGGGACCAGCAGAUGCCACACCUGGGAAGUUUAGAAUGCUGCCUGGAGUUGCGAAUGGUCAAUUUGUGCGUGUGUGGAGGGAGGGGGACACAGUGCCAUGGUAUUCUGAGACCCAGAGGUUGUCCACUAAGUGCCCCAGCAUCAGUGGCAAAGCGUUUUUCAAAAGGACAUAAAAACUGAUCUUCUGGCAACUCCCAGUACUGGGGUUUGGAACAAGCCAAGCCCACCUCCGCUUUGUUUUACAGCAGUGAAUUCAAUCUGGGCCACACGGCCCUUAUACAAAGGACUUUGUAUAAAUAAAAAGCUUGCACUGACCCCAGCUGGUCAUUCCAGACCUGCUCCUGCAGAGGACUUCAUUGCUUGCAGGUGUCUUGGUUUGCUCUCUGGACCAACCUUUAUUUGUUGCAACUACUGGUCAAACGAAUGGACUUUAAGGGUACAAUAUUGAGCGAGUGGAUUUCCAUCAUGCUGACUGGGAAGCCCUGG